AUGCGCCCGCAGGAAAUUGAUCACAUUCGAUCUUAUUCGGAAAUUCACCACAAGGGUUCAUUCCUGACGGGCAAACUGAUUGACAGUUCCCGAAACAUCUCUAAUCUGUCAAACGUCAGCAUAUCGCAAUGUUUACACAAGCGAACAUGCAAAAGUAGUGCAAGUGAAAACGGUAAGUUGACUCAUUCUCGUCCAUCCCAGCGGGGAUUUGGACUGAGACGUGGAACAUCGCUGCCAGAACGAACUUUUUGGACAAAAAGUCGCCUGCAGGAGUCCACUAAUGGUCUUUGGGAUACCGUGCUAGCCAUCUUGACGCGCAAGAUGAGCUACAGGCCUUUGCAAUUUUCGGGAGAUCCCCUCACCACAACACCACCAGCCGCGCUCGGACCGAGGGAAACAACGUUUAUAACCCCUUGAUCUUUCGCGAACUGGCCCGUUGGGCUAUGGAUUCCCGUUUUACCUGGUGAGUAGUUUAGGUUCGUUACAGCACCAAGGUUUAUGCCAUCUUGCAACUCUCAUCCCUUUUCACGAAGGUGGGAUUCUCCACCCACACUUCUUUAGGGGAGAGUGGCUAAGAUCAACACACAAAAACACACACUAAUCCUACUAACAAAUUAAAACCAACAGACGGCUAAUUUUAUCAGAUCACAGUGUUCUAAUUACUUUAUUCUUUCAACUAAUAUUUCUCUUUUAUUUUUCUUUCCAGGUACUCUCAACGUUUCGGAAUGACUACUGGGAUAUCGUGGUAAUCCAGACCGGCUGACUUGGUCCAGGGAAGAUGGGACAACGCCGCAAUAAACCCCUAGCACCCAAAUCGGUGCCGAUCGUAGCCACCGAUUUCCUCAGCAUCUCCUACUAAGUUUAAGUUCUAGAAUUAAGAAAAUUUAAAAAGAAAUUAGUUAAAAUAAAGCUUUUGGGUCGGGGCUUUCCCCUAUUUGGUUGCUUGUCCUCAAUUAAGAAAGAAACAAGACUUUUCAGGUACCUAUCACCUACCAGGGAUGACGUCACUUGUCAUAUGGCUGGGUCACGGGUGAAUCACAGGUGAAAUUGUUGAUUCAGGAUCGCCUCACAGGACUUACUUAUUGCCUAAGUUCUUGGCUUCAUCCAACAGGUAAGAUUUGACUAGAUUCAGGUGCAA